CUCCCAACACAAACCACUGCAAAUCUUCACGUGUCUCCUAAUUAACAUCUCUCUCUCUCUCUCUCUCUCUCUCUCUCUCUCUCUCUCGUUUCUUAGCUUUUCUCUACAAAUCUUAUCCCUCUCUUUGCCUUUCUCGUUUUGGCAUCCCAAGGCCGUUGGUUCACGUUACAAAAAAGAAGCUUUAAUCAUACACAUAUAUAUAUACUUACACACACACACAUAUAUACAAGCCCACGUAACUACUAUAUAUACACACCCCUUUUAACAUCUCACGUACCGGCCAUGGACAAGAAAAAGGCGGUUGCUUCGUCUUCCCCUUCUUACUCGUCGUCGUCAUCAUCCUCCCUUGAUCAUCUUUUUGGUCCAAGAGGCAUUUCUUCAUCUUCUUCGUCGACAUCUUCAUCAACCACAGGACUGUUUAAGUCCAUCUUCCCACCACCCUCACCGGGUAUGGGAAGGCAUGUGGGUUUGGCAAGUCAAGUUGGAGACGGGAAAUAUCACUCUCCAAAUGAAGGUGGCCGGAGCGAGAGAGGAGAAAGGAACAGUGGAAAUUACCGGGGUGAAGAAGCACAACCUUGCAACUGGAGUUCAUCCAUUUACUAUGGAGGCCAAGAGAAUUAUUCUCCAAUAGCACCAACUUCCACAAAUUCUUUCAAGAAAGAUGGAGAAGAUCAAGGCGACUCAAAAAGUGCGUCAAGAGGAAACUGGUGGGAAGGGUCGCUUUACUACUGACAGACCUAACUCAUCCAUAACUGCUAAGGAAACGUAGGAGUGGAUCUCUUAACGAAGAAUAUGUGAAAGUAUAUAGCAUAAAGGUGUGGGGACUUCGUUCUCGACAAUGUACUGAUUCUUUUUGUUUCCGACAAAAGGCAACACUUAGGGUCACUUUAUGAUGAACACUUUUAACUUCUGAUCUAUCUACUUAAAUUAUACUUAGCCUCACAUAUAUAUAAUAUAUAUAUAUAUAUAUAUAUAACCUUAUCUGGCUGCUACUUCAUGUAAUUUCCCUUUUUUAUCUUAUGAAAAAAAAUGACCAUGUAUUAUAUCAUUACAAGACAACACCGCAAUUAUGGUUUUAUCUUCUUA